AUGUCGGCGGAACAUCGGCCAGGAGGAGGUGGUGUUGGUGAGGGUAUUGGCCAUGUUUUAGCAUCAUCAACUACACCAUCUAGUAGUAAUGGACAUGCCGUAUUCAACAAUUCAUCAUUUGAUCGUAAUACAUUUGUGCUUAUGCUUUUAGCCAUUUUACUUCCAAUUGCUCUCAUCGUUAUUCUUUGCGUUGUUACAUAUUGCAUCUAUAAAUACAAUAGAAAAUUAGCUUCAAGAACACCAACAGAUGCUUCAAUAGUACCAUCUGAUCGAUUUGAUGCUCGUACUGCUACAGUUAUUUAUAAUACUCAACAUAGUCCAUUUAUUUUCGAAGAUUUACCACCUUCAUAUGAUUCACUAGGAGAUAGUAAAAAACAUCCAUCUAGUACAACAACAAAUCCAAAUGAACAAUUUUCAUUGACAAUAUUACCUAAUACAACACUGACAGAUACUGAUGAAAGAAUAGAAGCAGUAGUAAUUGAUCCAACAGCACCUACUCCACCACCAUCUUAUAUCAAUCUUGAUGAAUCAAAUAAAUCAUAA